GUGACGGCUACGAGCACGAGCACUCAGCACUCCAUGGCAUGGCCCCUUCCCUGGCCGCUCUCAUCGCCGGCGCCGCCACCGUGCAGCAAAUACGGCAGCUCCACGCCAACCUACUCACUUCAGGCCUCCUCCCCUCCCUCGGCUCUAUCCUCCUCCGCCGCCUCAUUUCCCUGCCCUCUCCCCACCUCCACCUCCACCUCGCGCAGCGCCUCCUCCUGUCCCUCCCCUCUCCGCCCCUCGCGCUCUUCAACCUCCUCCUUCCCCCACUCGCCUCCUCGCCCGAUCCCGCCGCAGCCGCUCGCCUCUUCCUCCACCUCCGCCGCAGCGACCUACGCCCUGACGCGCACACACUCCCGCACGUUCUCAAGGCCCUCGCGCGCCUCGCACCGGCAUCCCUUCCCCUCGUCGCCUCCACACACGCGGAGGCCGUCAAGGACGGCUUAGACUGCGCCGUGGUCUACGUACGGAACGCCCUAAUGGCCGCCUACUCGGCCUGUGGCCAACCGGCGCGCGCCAUGCAGGUGUUCGACGAAAUGCCGCGCCGGUCCGUGGUGUCCUGGAACACGGCGCUCACUGCCUGCGUGGACAACCACUGCCACGACCGGUGCGUUGGCCUGUUCUCUGCGAUGGUAGAGGCCGGGUUCGAGCCCGACCAGACCACGUUCGUGUGCAUGAUGUCCGCCGCCGCUGAGCUUGGCAACUUGCCGCUCUGCAAGUGGGCGCAUGGGCAGGUCGUCGCCCGGCAGCUGGACAUGACGCUUCAGCUUGGCACGGCGGCAGUGAACAUGUACGCGAAGUGUGGCUUGGUAAGUUAUGCCUGGCGCUUGUUUGAGAGGAUGCCGGCGCGGAAUGUCUGGACCUGGAGCGCAAUGAUCCAGGGGUUUGCACAGAAUGGAUUGGCCCUGGAGGCGCUCAAGCUGUUCGAAAGGAUGAAGGACGCAUCAGUUGCGCCCAAUUAUGUCACAUUUCUCGGGCUGCUCUGCGCAUGUAGCCAUGCUGGGCUGGUCGACGAGGGACGUCAGUUUUUCCGUGAAAUGCGGCAUGUAUACGGGAUCGAGCCAAUGAUGAAACACUACAGCGCCAUGGUCGAUGUCCUAGGGCGCAAUGGUCGCCUCCAGGAAGCUUAUGACUUUGUUAUGGACAUGCCUCUGGAGGCUGACCCAGUUGUAUGGAGGACAUUGUUGGGCGCCUGCCAGAUGCACAGCUCCAAGGACUGCAUUGACAUUGUCAGCAAGGUGCAGGAGAGAUUGCUUGAGCUGGAGCCCAGGAGAAGUGGGAACUAUGUGAUGGUGGCAAACAUCUACUCUGGCAUUGGAUCAUGGGACGAGGCGGCGAAGGCGAGGAGGGUGAUGAGGGAAGGGGGGAUGAAGAAGAUGGCAGGUGAGAGCUGCAUUGAGGUCGGGGGCCUGGUGCAUCGCUUCAUCUCCGGGAAUGAUUCCUGCCUAGAAUAUGAUCGGGCUUGUAGCGUUGUCCAUGAAUUGAAUCUCAACAUGAGAAAAUGUGGACUUAUUGACGGGAUUUCGCUUAUUGAUGCUGAGUGAUUAUAUAGUCUGCAUUCUUUA